CUGAUAAUGUAUUUAAGACGUUGCCAAGACCCAGUUCAGGACACAGAAGACCCUCGAGGUGAAGUUACAAGAUGUUUAAGCUCAGUUUCGUUUUGGCCACAGUGCUGCUGUGUUCGGUAAUUGUCACAGCGCAGGUGAAGCCAAAUUCAGAGAUCGGCCGGGUUACAGUCCAAGUGCCGUUGCUGGUCAAUGGAAAGCCCGUGAUCACCCAGGAUAAAGUAGAUGAUGUGAAGGAGGAGGUGGCGCGUGUUGUUGAGGUGAAACCAGGCAAGGUAAGCACCACUGAGCAGGUUGUGGUGCCACCCACUGUGAGCAAGCCGGUGGCCAAGGUGCGCAAGAUGAGAGCUAUAGUGGAAACAGUUAAUCCAGGAGUACCUAAUCCUGGCAAGCCCAACCCUGGCAUCCCAAAUCGCGGUCUGCCCAAUCCUGGAGUACCUAACCCUGGUAUGCCCAAUCCUGGAGUUCCAAACCCUGGUAUGCCCAAUCCUGGUAUUCCAAAUCGUGGUUUGCCCAACCCUGGAAUGCCAAACCCCGGAAUGCCAAAUCCCGGAGUGCCUAACCCUGGUAUGCCCAACCCUGGCAUCCCAAAUCGCGGUCUGCCCAACCCUGGAGUGCCCAAUCCUGGCAAGCCUAAUCCUGGUGUUCCUUAUGUGGCUGCCUCAGAGGUUGAACCCGUCGUCGUACAAGCGCCUGUCACAACCAUGACCCCAAUUGAGAUGCCCAAAACUGUGGCGACAAGAAACUGCUUCCAGCUGUUGCUGGGCGACAUGACGACCACGCCCCAUCCUAUGCCAAUGCCGCCCACUGAGGCCGAAAACUGCGACGCGGUGUGCACCAAGUUCGAGCUGCUUCCCAUCUGCGCCACUAAUGGCGUCUGCAUCCAUGAGUUCCCCAAUCAGUGCAUUAUGGAUAGCUUUAACUGCAAGCAUCGUGAUUCAACGUUCCGCGAAGUUGAUGAGCAAGUCUGUCGCAGGGGUUUGUGUGCAAGGCGUUGCACUCCAGAAGAUAUCAAUAUGUAAUUUUAAUUAACCUUUUACUUGCUUCAUAUUAUAAUAUUAAAUUUGCCUAUAAAUAAAAAAUCAACUUAAU